CAACGGGAGUUGGUUGUGUCGGGUUUCUUCGGAGGGGAAACGCUAUUAAAAUAUCCACAAACAUUAUCUUUAAUUGGACAGAAAUUUGUGCUUGUGUGCGCCGGUUUUUUUUUCAUUGUGACGAUUUUUUAACUUUGAUAACAGCGUACGGAUUGUGCUUAGGAAUGAGUGACUGUGCAAUUAUUAAUAAAAAAUGACAUCUAUAACGUGAAAAUAUUCGCAGCGUGUUUUUGAUUAACGAAAUCCCACAUAUGGAUAGAAAUCAACCAAAUUUUUAGUAUAAUUCCCAUUUUCACAUUCGUUCUAGAACUUUACAGUGUUGUGUGACAAUUUGUGUUUUGUGAAGUGAUGCUGUGAUUGAAAUAUUGAUUAUUCCUAAUAACCGCUCACAAAGCGGUCAAAAUAUCAACAGAGCAUCCGAAAUCUUUCAAAAUUACCCGAAUUCAAUCCCCAAACACAAAACCGGCCACGCUGAGUUUCUCAGAUCCCUUCGGGCCUCCCCAGUCCGCGGACGGGGGGGGCCCAUCAACCCCCCAACCAGCCAUGACCACCCAGGAGGCGUUGGAGCACCAGCACCACCAUUUGGGGGGCACGCAAACCCCCCACGACAUCUCGAACUCCGCCAACUCCACCCCCACGAAUGUCUCAUCUAAGUCCGCGUUCAUCGAGCUCCAACAGCACGGGUAUGGGUUCAAGGGGGGCUACCAGCAUCCCCACCAUUUCGGGAGUCCGGGGGGGCAACAGAACCCCCAUGAAGCGUCGGGAUUCCCCAGUCCUAGAUCGUUAGGUUACCCUUUCCCUCCCAUGCACCAGAAUACCUAUGGGUAUCAUUUAGGUUCCUAUGCCCCCCAAUGCGCGAGUCCUCCGAAAGAUGAAAAAUGUGGCCUUUCCGAUGACCCGGGUUUAAGGGUAAAUGGAAAGGGCAAGAAGAUGAGAAAACCGCGCACCAUCUACUCCAGCCUUCAGCUUCAGCAGCUAAAUAGGAGGUUUCAAAGAACGCAGUACCUGGCACUACCAGAGAGAGCAGAGCUCGCGGCUAGCUUAGGAUUAACGCAGACACAGGUGAAGAUCUGGUUCCAAAACCGAAGAAGCAAAUACAAGAAGAUGAUGAAAGCCGCCCAAGUAGGAGCACCCCCGCCCAACCUCGGCCUCCCGCCCGGCAGUCCGCCUAACAACAACCAGUUGUUACAUGGUCAGUAUAUGGAAAAGAAAUUCCAAGGUGGUGGAGGCAGCUCUAGUGGCUCCCAGCACUCUCCUUCAGCGUACCAAGGUGGACCAACACAGGCCCACAGUCCGACGCCCAGUUCUACUCCAGUUUCAGAGUUGUCCCCUGGUUUGUCUCCAACGGGGACCCCUUGGGACGUUAAACAGCCCCCACAGCAGUCGUGGGACGUAAAGGUUGGAUAUCCUAACUCGGGGCGGUCGCCGGACGGCAGCUGUGAUGUCAAACCACACCAACAGUCGUGGGAUCCCAGGGUCGGUUAUGGUGCGCCUGGAGGUCCAUGGGACAUGAAGGGUGCGCACGCACAUGCUUUGCAUCAUCAGGCGGCGCCGCAGCCGCAUCCACCCUACGUGCCGCAGUACUCCUGGUACCAACCUGAAGCCAACCCAGGAUUACUGACUGAAAACGGCCUAGCCUUAUUUCAUCGGAUGGGCUUGAGGAGCCAAUUUCUAGGACCAAAUGAACAAAGCUAUGACAGCUGAAGCUCUAUUUAGGCCUAUUUAUUGAGCUGAGGAACAGACAGACAAUCCAAAUUAAUAUAGAAACAUUCCAAAAAGGAAAUUCGAAUCGCUAAAUUAUUCGCAGAAUCGCAGAAUACGUCGAAAUAGACAAAGAUUUAUAAAUAAAUAGACAAUUUGGACUGUUCGACCGCUCCAUUGCUCAGUUUCUUGUUAUUAAGUGGCUUCAUUUUCGAAUUUUCCUUGGUGUGACAUUACACAUAACAGUAUGUUACUGUUGCCAUGACAACGGUGAUAACUGGCAUUGUGUGAUACUGUCACAUCAAAUACAUAAUUACCAAUUUCAAUAACUUUUUAUUAGUAAAAUCGACAAACCCUCCUUUGUCUACCGAACGGAUUUUUACAGGGUUUAUUCUGUAAAUAUAGCUGAAUUUUUGUAUAGUUAUUGAAAAUGGUUAUUAAAAUCUAAUUUAGUUUAAACUUUUACAAUGGCACACAUUCAAUAAUAAUAUUUUUGGUUGUAAUUUGUUCAAUAAUAAUAAACAUAUGGGGAUUCGUAUAAUAAUCAAAUUAUUAAUUCAAAAAAUUAUUUGUCAACAGGGUCUGGCCUGCGGUCUAACAUCGUUGGGUAAAAGAAAAUUGAGAAAAGUGGAAAACAACCUUUAUUGCCACAGAUUAUGUAUGCCAUUGUAAUCGUUUUAUACAGGCAAUGUUUAAAUGUAUAGUUUAUAUUAUUUUAUUAGGCGUGCAAUAAUGUACAUAUUAAUAUAAAUUCCCAUUUUAUUUGCAUCUUGCUAAGUACCUUGUAAUGGACAAUUUUUCAUAAUGGGCCUACAGUAAAACUGAUAAAAUAAAAUUAUAUAACAAAUGAAGGUAUUCGAAAAAAAAAUUACAUAAAUUUCAAAUUACCCGCAAAUAUUUUUUUAAUUUUGCUGUUACUAAAGAGUUUUAACACCAGAUAUUUCUUGGGAUUGUAUUUUUAUUUUUUAAUUAUAAGUUUAUUUUCUGGAACGAAAUAUUUUCUGCUAUUUAUCAUGUUUUGUAUGCAAUUAAUCUUUUUACACAUAACCAAAAAUAAUCUAAUUCCUAUAUAAUUUAUUCUUCAUUUUCCGGACAAUAAGGAAAAUACAUUAAAAUUGUAGGCCCUAAAAGACAAGUUUCCUAUGUUUAAUUGUCCAAACUAAAAAUUUGUACUAAAAGCAACAGACCUUGCAACGUUAGAAAUUGCGCAUGCGCAUUAUUUCAGUUUGUUGUGAGAAUUCACGAAGACCAAAAUUCGCUUCAAUUUUAAAAUGUCGUAAUGACAACGCACACGUAUUUUUAAAAGUUAACCUUAUUUUAAUUGAAAAAACUAUUUUAAGCUUUAAAACAUUCAUCUAGAUACUAAAACGUCAGAGCCAAACACUUGCAAAACACUUUGAGAGGAAAGCUUUCUCAAAAAUCUUAUUUAGAUUACAAAGGAGCACUCCGUAUCUCCCAAUAGCGAUUCUGUUUAAUACUUGUACCAAAGUAUUGUACCGUUAAAUUGGUUCUAUUAUUGAACGGACUAUAUCGAAGUUGGUUUUAUUUCAGAACCAAUUAGGGUCAUAAAAAGAGCGCCAAUUCUGGCAAUGUUAAGAGUCAACAUUAGAUGAGCCUCCUGUCUGUUUGCCUCCUGUAACACGAAACAAUUUAAUUCAAGACUAUUGAUGUCGAUAUUGGGAGUUAUAGAGGACCAAAUUCUUCAGACUAAACUAAUAUUAGUCCAGUUCUUAAAAAAAUUGAAAUGCCAAUACAAAGGAAAUUAAACGGAAAAGCGAUUUUGGGGUUUGCAUCAGUCAAAACUCAAGUCGAGUCAGUAGAACUUUUAAACUAUGACUUCUUUAAAAAAAACUUACAUCUGCAUGGUACAAUUGUUUUAUAUUUGGUAUAGUGGGUGAAGGCCCCAAUUUCGCCCUUGGAAUGGCUAGACAAUUAAAAUGGGGCUCUGUUAUCGUUUUAGUACACGACUUAUUUAUUAGUGAAACAGAAAAAUAAACCAUUCUGUUGUGAUAUAAUUUUAAGCUAUUUCUUGUAAAAUUAUCUGAACUACAGUUUAUUUGGGCAACUUGUAACUAAAUUCUAUUACGCUGUUUUAACAAAUGUCUAAAAGUUAAAUUGUGUUUACUGUGAAA